UAAGAUAGAAGGUUAACAACUACGUUUUGGAACGUACUUGUUACAUUCUAUGGAAAUAAGAAAAAGUAUAUAAAUAUGAUAUUACCAAUGAAGCUUUCUCUUUAGCAUAUCAUAUCAAAAACACCUUACGAUAAAAUGGCUUACGUUCAUCUACUCAUGUCUCUUCUCAUCUUCAUUACAUUCAAACCAUCAAUCUCAGUCGUCCCUGAUCCACCAACACAAAACCUAAUCAACAGAAUCUGCAAGCAAACAAUAGAUUUCAAGUUCUGCAACCAAACAAUCACGUCACAGCUAAUCAGAAAACAAACCUCGAUCAAAACAAUAGCGAAGCUAACCGCGGCUAAAGCUUGGAUCAACGCUAUACAAACGCUAGACAACAUCGAAGGUACUCUUCUUCCGAAAGCGAAAAAUAAACGAGACAAAACAGAGUUCGAUGCUUGUAGGAAAGCUUAUAAGUUGGUGGACGCUCAUCUAGACAACGCCUUGAAGUAUUUGUAUCUACGAGAUUAUAGAUUCAUGAGAGCGUACCAAGCUCUUGCCCUUGUGAAUAUUUCCAUGUGUAGGACUAGCUUUUUUCAUCCCACGCCUAUGGUUUAUGCGAAUUGGAACAUGAAGAUGUUGACCGAUAUAGCGAUUUAUGCUGGCAAGAUUCUCUCUCCUCCUCCUCCUCUUAGGAAGAAGAACAAGACUCCAUGAACGCCAUCAUUUUUCUUAAAACCCAUUA